AUGGGUGUUCCAGCAUUAUUCAGAUGGCUUUCAAAAAAAUAUCCCAAAAUCAUUCAACAAGUCAUCGAGGAACGACCGAUUAUGAUAAAUGGUGUAGAAAUACCAGUUGAUACAUCAAAGCCAAAUCCAAAUAAGACGGAAUUCGAUAAUUUAUAUCUUGAUAUGAAUGGUAUUAUUCAUCCAUGUUGUCACCCAGAAGAUAAACCCACUCCUGAAACUGAAGAAGAUAUGAUUAUAGAUAUCUUUAAAUAUACCGAACGAAUUGUGGCAAUGAUACGUCCAAGAAAAGUAUUAUAUCUUGCAAUCGAUGGGGUAGCUCCUCGUGCUAAAAUGAAUCAACAACGAUCUCGUAGGUUUAGAACAGCACGAGAAGAUAAAGAAAAGGCUAAUGAAAAGACUCUAGAAAUGGUUGCACUUGAGGGCAUCAAUUGUAUUACACCAGGUACUCCUUUCAUGGCAAAACUCGCUGCAUGCUUAAGAUAUUGGAUUGCUGAUAAAUUGAAUAAUGAUGUUGGAUGGAAAAAUUUGAAAGUGAUAUUAUCAGAUGCAAGUGUUCCUGGUGAAGGCGAACACAAAAUUAUGGAUUUUAUUCGUAGUCAACGUACAAGUCCUUAUCAUGAUCCUAAUACACAUCAUGUCAUAUAUGGAUUGGAUGCUGAUCUCAUUAUGUUAUCAUUGGCUACGCAUGAACCUCAUUUUAAAGUGUUGCGUGAAGAUGUCUUCUUUAGAGAAGGCAUAUAUAAAGGAUGCUUUAUAUGUGGUCAAAAUGAUCAUAUAGCGAAUCAAUGCACAGGAAAAGCCAAACAAAAAGUAGGAGACCAUGAUGAAAAAGGUAGAGAAGUACUACUAAAGCCCUACGUAUUUCUAGAUGUGCAGGUUCUUCGUGAAUAUCUUGAGAUAGAACUCAACAUUGGACCAUUACCUUGGCCUUACAAUUUUGAAAACUCAAUAGACGAUUGGGUAUUUAUGUGUUUCUUUGUCGGAAAUGAUUUUCUUCCGCAUUUGCCUUCUUUGGAAAUUAGAGAAGGUGCUAUUGAUACACUUAUUACCAUUUGGAAAAGGUGCUUGCCAAUAAUGGGCGGAUACAUGACUACUAAUGGAAAUGUUAAUUUAAAAAGAAUGCAACAUCUAGUUACAGAAUUAGGAAAAAUGGAAGAUGAUAUUUUUAUUCGUAGGCAAAGAAACGAAUCGAGACGAAAUCAACAAAAUAAUAAUAAUGUUCCGAAAAAACGAAAAAUAAGUCACGAUCCAAUAACAAGCUAUGCUAAUCCUGGAGGAGAAGGAAGAGGAAAUGAGGAUUAUCAACAGGCGGCACAAAGUAUUGAUGAUUUGUUGACUUCUGUUAAAGGUGUUAAACGAAAAGCUGAAGAAUUUGAUGAAGAAAAUGAUAAAGACAUCGUUGUGGUAAAUGAAGAAGCUGCUAUUGUAGAACUUGGAGAACCAGGUUUCAAAAAACGAUAUUAUAAAGAAAAAUUUGAUGUUGAUAUAUCAGACGAGCCAACCGAUGAAUUUCGCAAAAACGUUGUAAAGAGUUAUGUUGAAGGAUUAUGUUGGGUUUUGAAAUAUUAUUUUCAAGGUGUUCCAUCGUGGAAAUGGUAUUAUCCGUAUCAUUAUUCGCCUUUUGCAUCUGAUUUUGUUGAUAUAGGCGAUUUGGAUAUUAAUUUUGAAUUGGGUGAACCAUUUAAACCAUUUGAACAAUUGAUGGGUGUUUUACCUGCUGAAAGUAAACAACAUUUACCGUUACCUAUACAACAACUUAUGACAGAUUUAGAUAGUGAGAUUAUUGAUUUCUAUCCGUCAGAUUUUGAAAUAGAUCUUAAUGGGAAACGAUAUACUUGGCAAGGAGUUGCAUUGCUUCCAUUUAUUGAUGAAUCCAGGUUAUUAAAAGCAGCCGAAUCAGCCUAUUCUCAAUUGAGUGAAGAUGAAUUGGGGAGGAAUGCUUUAGGGUCGGAAAUAUUAUGUUUUAGUAAUAAUCAUAAAUUAUAUGAUGAAUUGUGUGUAUUAUAUUCUAAAAGAAAAUCGGAUCAACCUGUGUCAUUGGAUCCUAUUACAAGUGACAAAUUAAGUGGAUUUGUUUCAAAGGAUCCGAAUUUUAUACCUGAAAGCACGUUUUAUUCGCCUUUACCAGAUAAAACUUUACCAGAUAUUGCAAACGAUAGAUCAUUAAGCGUAUUAUUUUAUUUACCAAAGAAAACUGAUAAAACUACUCAUAAAUCAGUUUUAUUGAAAAAUGUCAAAUUGUCACCCAGAGUUUUAGGAUGGGAAGAUCAGGAAUGGAUUAGAAAUGGCGGUGGUAGUCGUGGUAGAGGAAGAGGUAGAGGAGGAAGUUCUGGCAGUGGAAGUAAUUCUGGAGGAGGAGGUGGUGGCGGUGGCGGCGGUUAUAAUGGAGGAGGAAGAAGAUAUGAUAAUUACAAUAAUUAUCAAAGAGGAGGUGGUCAUCCUCCAAAAUACUAUACUCACUUGAAAGAAGCAGACGAAAACUAA